AUGAAAAAACCGAAACCCAUACCACCACUUGCUGCAACAAUCUCAUUGAACUUGAUGCUUCGAAAAUGGUUUGGCAAAUCCCGAAACUCUGAUUCCCAAGAGUUAUCGUCUUUCUGUACAAUUUCCGGUGCACUUGACCCAUAUUUUCUCAUUAGAUCUCCUUUAUUCCAUCUCGACCGCCAUCAAUUGAGUCUCAGUAGUGCCCUCCCACCAGAGUUUCGCGGCUUCUCAUCCCCGAUUCAGGGUGGCCGUGGUCGAUCCGGCAUCUUGGCGGCCUUACCUCGGCGUGGCGUUUCCCUGAGCGUUGGUGCCCAUGGCGGAGGGUGUUGA